GGUCCGGCACAGUGGACCCGCUGGGCGCGCGGGGACCGAGGCGCGCGCUGCCGGCCCGGUUCGGCUCCUCUGGUUGUACCGAGGCGAACCCAUCCGCGCUGCGCCAGACUCUGACGUCACAGCCGUGCAGCAGAGGCAGUUUGUUUACGAGGAAACCUGUUACCUGAUGAUAUCAUGGAGACUCACGACCAGAGCGCCGUGUUCGACCCAGCUGAGCGGCGAAAAUUCGAUCUGCAGGUCGCAUCCAGAUCUCCUCUGAAGAUGGAAGAAGAGGAAGUGAGCGACCUUCAUGAGGCAUUGACUGAAGUCGAGCUGCAGACGUCUCCUGCUUCACGUCUGAGCAGAGACCACGUCCUGGAAGACAAGACUUCUGUUGGAGAUCAAGCUGCUGCCCGUUUGCAGAGAGACUGUGACGGUCCUGGAGAAGCUCCUGAACUUCCAGAUCACCACCACGAAGAAGCCCCCCACCCUCCUCAGGAGCAGACCCCCACAGAAGACGACACCGGAACCUCAGAGAAAAACAAGCAGAAGGCCUUUCAGUUGGUUCUCAACGAGUUGCUGCAGCAGCAGAAGCACAGACCGGGCCGACGCUUCAAGAAGAAAACGCUCAUGAAGAUGGCCAAACUGCUGGUUAUCGCCAAAGGGUUGGACGGAGAGGCGGGUCCUCCCGACCCGGAACAAGACGCUCCUGUAGCUACAGGAGGACACCUGUUACCUGGUUACAUCAUGGAGACUCAUGACCAGAACGCUGGGGUCGAUUCAAGUUCAGUCGACAAAGACGGGGAAUUAGAACCUGGAGGUGGCAGCGACUCGGUUCCGGAUCUGCAGGUCGUCUCCAAAUCUGCUCUGAAAAUGGAAGAGGAGGAGACUGAAGUCGAGCUGCAGACGUCUGCUGCUUCACGUCUGAGCGGAGACGCCGUCCUGGAAGACAAGACUUCUGUUGGAGAUCAAGCUGCUGCCAGUUUGCAGAGAGACUGUGACGGUCCUGGAGAAGCUCCUGAACUUCCGGAUCAUCACCACGAAGAAGCCCCCCACCCUCCUCAGGAGCAGACCCCCACAGAAGACGACACCGGAACCUCAGAGAAGAACAAGCAGAAGGCCUUUCAGUUGGUUCUCAACGAGUUGCUGCAGCAGCAGAAGCACAGGCCGGGCCGACGCUUCAAGAAGAAAACGCUCAUGAAGAUGGCCAAACUGCUGGUUAUCGCCAAAGGGUUGGACGGAGAGGCGGGUCCUCCCGACCCGGAACAAGACGCUCCUGUAGCUACAGGUGAAGAUGGUUCGGCAGAAACAACGGCUGCUUCAACUGAACAAGAGGACUUGAAUUUUUCCCAAGAGGCCCACGGAGCUUCCAGGACUACUUCUACAUCAGACCAGCAAAAGUGUUCGUCCAGUUCCAACAGAGAAGAUGCAGUAAUAACUCAGAACGAGGAAGAGCAGAAUCCAAGAAUAUUUAGAGUCCUGGAAGCUCACAGACCGAGGAAGAGGAUGAAGAAAGCUUCCAGAACCAGUAAGAACAAAAAAGCUGAACAAAAGCCUCCAGACGAGGCUCAGUCAGCAUUCUGUCCACAGACUGAAGAGGAGGUAGCAUCAGCUGAGCAGGAUGAAGGUGUGGGAGGUCAUGCAGGAACCAUCCUGACGGCUCCUGAGGUGAGAGACGGGAAGCAGCUGGAUGGAGCUGUGGGAAAGAAGAGGAAGAGGAGGAACAAGACAAAGGCUGCUCAGACCAAACCAGAGCCUGAAACUUUAACCUCCCAGGAGCUCCCACCAGGAGGCGCUGUCCUGCAAGGUCGUCAAAAACUGCGAAGACGUGUAGUGAAUGAAUCAGUUCCUCCCCCUAAAGGUCUCCUGAAGGACCCUUCACCUGCUGGAGGGCCAGAGCAGAUCCACGCCGCCAGAACGGGAAAGGCAAAGAAGCGCAAACGCACGGCAGCGCUGGAGCUCAGCGUCCUGGAAAGUUCUCCUGAGAAGAAGCAAAGCGAUGGAGUUUGGUUCGGAUCUUUCACCGUGAAGCAGGAGGAGGAGGAGCAGCAGAUCCAGACGAUCAAGAAAAGGAGAGGAAGGAAGAGAAAGGAAGUGAAUGAGCUGCAGAGUUCAGAACUGUCGACCAACAAGAUGGCUGCUGCUGCUGAUAUUGCAGAGGAGGGGCAGCCUACAGCAGCGGUUCAGGGAGAACCGAAGCGAAGGGGAAGGAAGAAGAAGAUAAAAAUCGAACUUCCUGAGAAACUCUCAGAGGAUAUCUCCAACAUGGCAGCUGUGGAGAAAACUCAGGAGGAACAUGAAGAUGUAAAGUCCAAAACAGAAAACUGUGAACAUCCAGCAUCCAAGAUGAAGAAGAGGAGGAGGAAACAGGAAAAGUCUGCUCCAAAUAUUAAUUUAAACCUUCCAGAAACUUCUUCUCCACCUGAAGACGUCCCGGAAACUCUCAAAAAGAAAAGACGGAAAGUGUCGCUCGGUUCAGCCACUUCAGAUGUUCCUCUUGGCUUCUGCUCUUCUCCUUUAAAUCUGAGUUUACCCGAAGAUCCAGCAGUGAAAAAGAAGAAGAGAGGAAGAAGACCCAAAGCUGAAAAAACUUCUCAGAUUCCACAAACUGGACUGACUUUGGAGUCCUCCGAGUCCAAUUUUAAUGUGAAUCCUCCAGAAAAUGUGAAAAAACGAAGACAGAAUUUACAGAGUCAUGAAAACUCUCAGAUCUUAGAAUUAAAAGCCAUCAAGCAAGAAUUUGAUGGUAGUGUGACACCAGAGCCUUUAUGUCAAAACGAGGAGUGGGCGCCCCCCAGGAGGAAACCCCGGAAGAGGAGGGGGACGAGUGGAACUGCCAGGAGGAGGGUGAAGCCGCCUCAGACUUUCAGUAACUUGGUUCCAGUUGAUCUCGGUGAGAUGGAGGAGAAAACCGUCCAGCUGAGUGCUGCUGGGGAGGGCGCGCCCCCCACCAUCACCCCAGAAGACCAAGAACUUCCUGAUCAAACGCAGAGCCACCUCUGCUCCGUGUGCGGUCGCUCCUUCCGCCACCUGUCCGUGCUCACAAUCCACAGACUGAUGCACGCCGAGAGGAAGCCCCUCGCCCGCCCCCCACGCAGGAAGAGGUCAUUGGGACCCCCCCAGCUGAACUGUCCAUGCUGCGCCGCAGCCUUCAGCAGCAAGACGCAGCUGCUGCUUCACCUGAGCAACGCGGAGAGCUGCACCGCACCACUAGAGGCGGGGGGACAGCUCCCCUCCCACAGUGACAUCACCGCCUUUGUAGGGCACCUCCCCACCAGAGGGAGGAGGAGGAGGAGGCACAGCUGCCCCACCUGCUGGAGAACCUUCAGGAGUCCUGCAGGACUCAGCCUCCAUAGAAAGGUUCACACAAAAGUCUGUGCUGCCACCGAGAGUUUUCAGGACCUGGAUCUGCGCCUCCCCCCAGAAACUGAGUCAGGGCUCCCGGAAACAGAGUCAGGACCUCCAAAAGCCAUGUCAGGACCCCAAAAAACCAAGUCAAGACUCCCAAAAGCCAAGUCAGGACCCCAAAAAACCAAGUCAAGACUCCCAAAAGCCAAGUCAGGACUCCCGGAAACAGAGUCAGGGCUCACGGAAACAGAGUCCGGACCUCCAAAAGCCAAGUCAAGACUCCCAAAAACAGAGUCAGGACUCCCAAGAACAGAGUCAGGACCCCAAAAAACCAAGUCAAGACUCCCAAAAGCCAAGUCAGGACUCCCAAAAACCAAGUCAGGACCCCGAAAAACAGAGUCAGGACCCCGAAAAACAGAGUCAGGACCCCGAAAAACACUGUCAAGACUCCCAAAAGCCAAGUCAGGACUCCCGAAAACAGACUUAGGACUCCCAAAAACAGAGUCAGAACUCCCGAAAGCCAAGUCAAGACUCCCAAAAACUGAGCCAGGACCACCAAAAACCAAGUCAAGACUCCCAAAAACUGAGCCAGGACCACCAAAAACCAAGUCAAGACUCCCAAAAACCAAGUCAGGACCUCCAAAAACCAUGUCAGGUCCUCCAGAUACUCAGUCAGGCCCCUCUGAAAGACCCCACAGUGGACCCUAUGCUGAAACUGCCACCUCCGUGCUCUUCUCAUGUCCCACCUGCACUCAGCUUCAUUCCCACUGGUGCAUCUUCGUCCUUCACGUGCGCACGCACGCUACUGGCUGGUGUCAACGCUGCGAUGUCUGCCUGCAGCAGCCCCCCCAGGAGGAGGAGCCCCCGCAGCACUGCCCCACCUGCUGUGAGCUCAGCGGCGAGUCGGAGACCUGCAGGCGUUUGCUGGAAGCGGGACGUGUUCGAGGAGAACUCCUGCAUCCAGAGGAGCAGCGGACACGGGGGGAACUUGAAGGAGCUCCGUUACCUUCUCCCUCCCCCAGCAGCUCCAGCUCAGCCAAGCAGGUGGAGGCCAGUCGUCUGUCACCAAACCCAAAGUCCAACCAGGAGGCUGGACAGCCGUUUUUCCGCCCCCAGAGGAUCAUUUCCAAGCGCUUCCUGAGUGCCCGCUGGGGGCGGUCCUUCAGUCACUGGAGCAGACAGCGUCUCCAUCAGAAACCAGGAAGAGCUUUCCAUUGCAGCCAGUGCGAGCUAGAUUUCCACUUCCUGGGUUCGUACCUGCUUCACCUGCAGGAGCACGCUGCCCAGACACUGCACGCCUUUGCGGCGUCUCCUACCACGUCUGCAGAGGAGCCCCAACUGGGCUCCCAGGUCUCAGAGUGCCAUAAACGGCGCCGCUGCAGCAGGUGUGGAAAACCGUUCUCCAGUAGGGCGAAGCUGCAGAAGCACGAGCUGCUGCACAGAGGGGUCAGGGCUCACAUCUGCACGCGCUGUCAGCUGCCGUUCUCCCGCUCCGCUGACCUGACCGCCCACCUGAAAGCACAUGAGGCCCGGCUCCGCGCGCCCGAGCCCGCGGGCGUGCCGGAGCCGCUGUCCUUCCCGUACCCCUGCAGGAAGUGCGACGCCACUUUCUCCAGCGGUGAGUUCCUGCAGGCGCAUCAGGUGCGUCACUUCACAGCAGGUAAGAGGCCUGAAAGCCCCGCCUCCUACGUCAUCCGCAGAGCCCCGGAGGACCCUCAGAGGGGCGCCCUCGAGUCAUCGCAGCCACCACGCCCUCUGCCAGUGAGCAACCGGAAACACCUGUUCAGGUACCCUCACCCCGACCGGCUCUACGUUGUCCUGGCGCCGCCCUCAGAGCCAGCCCUCCUCAUUUCAGACUCGGAAGACGAGAUCGAAACCUCAGCAGAACCAGGGCCUUCCCUCGAAAAACCCACAACACCCCAGCCCGUAGAGGUCUCAGAAAUGGACCAGCUGGACCUCCUGAUCCAGUCCCUAAUCCCAGAGAGAGACUUCAGCGAGUCCAACAGUUGUUGUGAGGGUAGAGCUCCGCCCCUUUUAGUCUCCCCACAAGAGGACGUUGUGUACAACUGUGCGAUGUGCACGGCGGUGUUCACAGAGCUGUCAGAGCUGCACACACACUACAUGGCUCACGCACAAAGACUUUAACAAGUUCAGGUUUUUACUGUUUAAUGUGACAAAAGAAGAAACAGCACCCCCUGCUGACAAAAGGAAGUGUUGCUUCUGCUGUGGAAGUUUUUAUUCUCCAUCUAUGAAACAGAUUUCACAUCAAAUUCAUUUAAAAAUAUUUACAAAAUAAAAUAACUACUACUGUAACAGAGAAACAAAUCUGUGUAUUUUGCACUUUUUAUACUUUGUCAAUGUACAACUUCAAUUGUUCAACCUGUUUUUACAUGUAAAAUAUUAAAAUUACUUUUUUAUUAUUGUGAA